UGUCUGGUGGCCUUGUUCGUUGGCCGUUUCAAAAGGCCACAUUGCAGUACGAUGGGCGGAAAGGCCACGCGGUCCAUCUCCAAGAUUGCCGCCGACAAGCUGCAUGGUACAUCGACCGAGAGCGACUUUGAUUUGGAGGCGGAAGAGAAGCGGAUCCACGAAUUGGAGGCCAAGCACGCGCUCAUCGUCCAAUAUGUGGUCGACAACAUUUACCCAUACGCGCCCGUGACGGUCCAAGCGAAGCGAUUGGCCCACGACUCGACCAAGGACGACUGCCACGACGUUGGCAAGCUCAAGAAGCAGACAUACCUCUGGAUCACACUGGACGAAGCCCUCCUUACGCAAAAGCGAGUCUCGAUCGACCUGAAAGCCAUGUACCCGAUCGCAGUCGCCAUCGAUCACGACGGGAACGCCAUCGUGACGGAUCAAUCGUCCGGCCAGCGCAAACUCAAGGCAGAGGACAUGCUCGCACUUGCUUCCGCGACGCAGCCGCCGCCACCGCCCUUGCCGCCGCACCUCGUCACGGCCACCGUUGCGAGUCUCACCGUUGCGUGGACCGAGGCGCCCGGCAGCAUUUUGGACCGCUUUGAAGUACAAUACCAAAAGAUGCCUGCGGCCAACGCCGUGCUCAAGGCUUGGAGCGUCUUGGCCCACGACGCCAACAGCCGGCAAGGGGCCCUCACAGACCUCACGUGCCACGAAGGCUUCUUCUUCCGGGCACGAUGUCGCAACCCCGCGGGCUGGAGCGACUUUAGCGCGACGGGCGGCCCGUUCUUCACGCUGGCCGGGGCGCCCGACAAGCCGCAUGCUCUGCACGCCGCGGUCAUUGCAGACACGUUUAUUCAUGUGUGUUGGGCCGCCGUCAACGACCGCGGAUCGCCGAUCGUUGCGUAUACACUGGAAGUGCGCGAGAUCAGCGAGACCAAUGCGCCUUUCGAACGCGUCUACGCCGGCCGCGACCGCGUACCUCUGCACCGGACUGCGCCCGAAACCGUCUACGGCUUUCGCCUCCAAGCGGCCAACAUUGUGGGCUCUACUCCAUGGCUUGAGAGUCGAGCGAUCCGAACGACUGCCUUUGGCCGCCCCGAGGUCCAGGAGCUACCAGCGUCCUGCAGCAGCGAGCGGUGGGUCGAGUGCUGGGACCCGCGGCAGGAAAAGGUGUUUUACUUCAACAAGUUUACGAGCCAGCGCACGUACGACGAGCCCGCCGAGAUCGCGGACGCGCGCAAGGCGACAGGCGACGCUCCGGAAGAGACCCCCGAGAUGGUCUUUCGGAAGAAACGAUAUCACUUGCAUCGGGACCUGCGUGGCAGCGCACCCGUGCCACCAAGUGCGUUCGAGGUGACCGUACACCGGGCUACGGUGCUGCCGGACACCAUUGCUCGGUUUGCCACAGCGUCCAAGAAAGAGCUUCUCGGAAAGCCCCGGGUUACGUACCACGACGAAGACGGCAUCGACUCGGGGGGGCUUACAAAGGACUGGUACUUGGCCGUCUCCAAAGCGACGCUGCAGUCGUCGUGUGGUCUCUGGCGCCCUUUAGAUGACGGCGGGGUGUAUGAGAUGGACCCGGAUGCGGACACCCCCACGCACCUCAAGUUGUUUCGUUUCCUCGGCAAGUUUGUGGCCAAAGCCAUAUACGAUCGACACGUCGUGGCGCUGCCUUUGGCCCCCAUCGUGUUCAAGCACCUUCUCGGCGAGACCAUGACGCUCGCGGACCUCGAGGCCCUCGACCCGCAGUUGGCCAAGUCGCUCGCCUGGAUCGAGACGCACACUAUUACAGACGUGCUCUUCGACACGUUCUCGAUUACGCGCGCCAACAACGUCCUCGUGGACCUCAAAGAGAAUGGGCGCGAGAUUGAUGUGACCGAAGCCAACAAGCUCGAGUACGUGGCGCUUCGACGGCAGUGGCGCACUGCAUACGCCGUUCGGCCGCAGCUCGAUGCCUUUCUCAGUGGCCUCCACACGCUCCUCCCCGCGGCGGCGCUGCAGCCCUUUUCCUGGCAAGAACUGCAGUUGCUGCUGAGCGGCAACCCGUGCGUCGACGUCGACCAGCUGCGUGCGACGACGGUGUACCAAGGUGGCUACGACGCCAGCGCCCAAGUCAUCUUGUGGCUUUGGCAAGUGCUGCGCUCGUGGGAGAACGCAACGCGCCAGCGCUUUCUGCAAUUUACAACCGGCGCGAGCACGGUGCCGCUCGACGGUUUGGAGCCGCCGCUCACGAUCACGCUCUCAGAUCUGAGCGACGACGCGCUGCCACGGUCCCACACGUGCUUCAACCAGCUCGUGCUGCCAACGUACUCUUCGUAUGCGACGCUUGUCACCAAGCUGCGCUUCGCCAUCGACAAUACCGACGGCUUUGCAUUGAGCUAA